AUGGAAGCGCAAAAAAGCGGCUCCCACGAGGAGGCAUCCUCUUGGAAUUUCACAGAAUCCAGAACCUCUCUCCCCCCUCCCCGAAGAGUGCAGCUGCGAGAUGCAGGCAUUCAGACGUCAGUACCCUCCAGAGAAUACGUUGGUCCUCGAGUUCGCGCUUCGCAGGCUCCAGAGUUCUUAAAGGAAGGCUGGCUCCACAGGCCAAAAACCGUCUCAUCCCUCUGCGGCGCCCUUCUCCUCAUUUUUGUAGCUGCGCAAAUCCACUCGCAGCAGAACAGCUCCCGCAGAGUUCGCCUUCUUAGUGGCGCGCUUGCCUCCCUGCUCAUCUUCUUGCUCUUCGGGACCUUACAACUGCCAGACGGCCUCUUGGUUCGUCCAUCGCCAAUCAUCUGGCGCUUCGUUAAAAGCUGCAGCAUCGUCUAUCUUGUUGGUAUCAUCUUCCUCCUCUUCCAAAACUUGGCAGAUGUGAGGGCUGGUCUUCACUGGUUGGAUCCCUCGACAGGCAUUCCUUUAGAAGAGCGAAAUUACGCCGAAGGUUGCAACUCGUGGGCGGCUGUCCUUGAUAAGCUUGACAUAUUUGUUUUGGCACAUUUCUUUGGAUGGCUCGUGAAGGCGAUGGUUAUCAGAGACACGUGGCUUCUGUGGAUUCUGUCUGUCCUCUUCGAGUGGAUGGAAAUUUCUUUCCGGCACAUCCUUCCCAACUUUUGGGAGUGUUGGUGGGAUCACGUUCUGCUGGAUAUCCUUGGCUGCAAUUUUCUAGGGAUAUGCGCGGGCUUGUUUCUUUGCCGACGGUUCCAAAUGUUGCAAUACCAAUGGCAUGCAAAUUACGAGGGACGCCUUUUGGCCUUAAGCAAUUCAGCCUCGCUCUCCUUCUCCGUACGCAAUGCCCCCUUGCCUGCCUCCGACUCGCCAGCAACCGGAUCGAAUUGCGCCGUCUAUCCAGCAGAUACUCACGAGGGGGAAUACCCUGUGACAGCCUUCUGUGCAGCUACUGCAGCAGCGGCCUCCUCUUCGCCAACAUGCAACUCGCCACGUGGUUCGGCAAAGCAGGGAUGCCGCGGCAACAAGACGGCUUACCACUGGCCGUCGAUGCUGAAAUCGGUCAAGUGCUUUGUAGGGAUUGUCUUCUUCUGCUUGGCAGUCACACUCUUGGACCUUAAUGUCUUCUUUUUGAAGGCUGAACUCUACAUAGGCAACUCCCACUGGAUAAUCCUCGCCAGGACCACCCUCUUCGCAUUUGCAGCUGCUGCGGGAACUCGGGAGUUCUACGCUUAUCUGACAGACAGCGAGUGCCCUCGCAUGGGACUGCAGUGUUGGCUAGAUCUAGCAAUGCUUUCUGCCGAGGCUCUUCUUGCCUUCAAGUACUAUUCAUCUGAGAAGGCCCUUCAGCCUCACCCCCCUUGUCCUACGUGGAUCCUUAUAUGUUGGUGCCUGGCUGCGUUUCUGGUAGUGGCUGCCACGUGCUGUAUUGCACUGGCCCCCCAGAAGUGCGCUGAGGCAGAGUCUGAAGCAUCUCCUUGCGCUUCCACAAGCCUCGAUACACGCGAAGGGCCUCCCCACAAAGGCCAGCCAGAAGGGCGCAAAGACAGAAUUUUGGAGAAGAAGGCAUUGUUUGCUAGAACAGCCUUUGCUAGCACAGCUCAGCAAAGCACAAACACUCUGACUCUUAUUGUACUCUGUCCUGUGUGGCGUCACAAACCCCUGCGCUGGGCUUCUCGGCCGCGAGGAUGCCAUGAACUUGAGAGGCAGCCAUAA